AUUAAUGUCCAACCAAUCAUCUUCUCUUGGUCUAACAUAUUCUAGGUAUUUUCAGAAACCCUACCUUGUACUACAACACAUCAUCAUCAUAUAAAUUAAGCCAACUAAACAAUUGUUGAUACAUGUUCAACCCCUCCUCCCCUUUCAACAACCAAAAAUAACAACUUAGUGAAACUAGCCCUUUUGUCUAUGUGAAAAUGGGGAGAAAAUGUUCACAUUGUGGUUACAUUGGUCACAAUUCAAGAACUUGUAGCACUUUGAAAUGUGCUAGUACUAGUAAUUUUAUUGGUGGAUUAAGGCUUUUUGGAGUGCAACUUGAUAUCUCCCAUUCUACAUCUAAUUCUUCUUCUAUUCAUAAUUUGAAGAAAAGUUUUAGUUUUGAUUGUUUGGCUUUAACAAAUAGCCACUCAUCAUCUCCUUCUCCAUCUCUUAAUGAAAGCUGUGAAAAAAGUACUAAUUCCAUUAAUAAUGGUUAUCUCUCUGAUGGUACUCUCGUAGGUUGUGUUGGUGAAAGAAAGAAAGGAGUUCCAUGGACAGAAGAGGAACACAGAAGAUUCUUAGUUGGACUUGAAAAGUUAGGUAAAGGAGACUGGAGAGGAAUUUCAAGAAACUUUGUGACAACAAGGACUCCAACUCAAGUUGCAAGUCAUGCUCAAAAAUAUUUCUUAAGACAAUCAAGUCUCAACAAAAAGAAAAGACGUUCAAGCCUAUUUGACAUGGCAAGGAGCAACAACAAACAUGCAGAUUUUGCUCAUAAUUGUCAAGAAGCUUGUCAAGCUAUUACCAGACUAUCUUCACUAGACCUAAAUUCAUUGGGAGAAGAGAGUGAAAAUUCUCCACAACUUGAAGAGAUUUAUUCAGUUCCUCUUUGGAGUUAUGGAUCACACAAUUCUCAUCACAAUAAAGUGCCAAAUAAGUCCAUUUCUUCAAAUGGAGCUCUUGAUUUGGAGCUUAGUCUCUCAGCUCCAAGAAAUAAUAUUGUGGAUAAAAAUAAGUCAUCAUCCACAGAUGUUAACUUCAUGAAUAUUGGGCCAAUUACAGUUACCUAACUUGUAGUACUAAUUAAUAUCCCUGUUUAAAAGUAACUUUAUUUUUAAUUAGUUUUUUUAAGUGAUUAGAGCACAAUGGAUGUAUUGUUUCCUACUUUUUUUCCAAGGUACAUAAUGAAUGAGUACUAUAUUAUAUGCUCA